CCUCUUCAAACAUGGUUGGCAAGCACUCUCUGCACCGCGACUUUGGUUAUUCUUGCUUGUAGGAACCAUACUGAGUGCAUGCCAAUCACCUUUAGGGAGGUGUGGCGGCGGAGGAGAUCCAGCAGGGUAGCAAGGAGGACGAUCGGUUACUGCCGGUAAUAACAAGCGCGGACCGGAAGUUCCGCGUCUUCGCUGUCCGGGGGAGCCGUUAGGCGCGCACGCCGGAAGUGGCCAAUCAGCCGGUGUGAGGCGGUGCCCACUGUGUUCGCGUCCCUCGGGCAGUAGAGCCAUGGAGCCCGGGGCUGCUGAGCUUUAUGACCAGGCCCUGCUGGGCAUCCUGCAGCACGUGGGCAAUGUCCAGGACUUUCUGCGCGUGCUCUUCGGCUUUCUCUACCGCAAGACCGACUUCUACCGCCUGCUGCGCCACCCUACUGACCGCAUGGGCUUCCCGCCCGGGGCCGCACAGGCCCUGGUGUUGCAGGUCUUUAAAACAUUUGAUCACAUGGCCCGCCAGGAUGAUGAGAAAAGGAAGAAGGAACUGGAAGAGAAAAUCAGAAAAAAGGAGGAAGAGGCCAAGGCGGUGGCAGCUGCCACAGCUGAGAAGGAAGCUGUGCCAGUCCCAGUGCAGGAGGUGGAGAUUGAUGCUACCACAGCGUUGAGUGGACCUCGGGAAGUAGAAAAGGAGGAGCCCCCAGGCCCACAGGGCCCCGAGCGCAAAGUGACCCAUGGCUCGGAGGAGGCAGAAGCUCCAGGAACAGCUAGCAGUGCUGCUGAAGGCCCUAAGGACCCUCCUGUGCUCCCCAGGAUCCAGGAGCAGUUCCAGAAAAAUCCUGACAGUUACAAUGGUGCCAUUCGUGAGAACUACACCUGGUCGCAAGACUACACUGACCUGGAGGUCAGGGUGCCAGUGCCCAAGCAUGUGGUGAAGGGGAAGCAGGUCUCUGUGGCCCUUAGCAGUGGCUCCAUCCGCGUGGCCAUGUUGGAAGAAAAUGGAGAGCGGGUCCUCAUGGAAGGGAAGCUCACUCACAAGAUCAACACCGAGAGUUCCCUCUGGAGCCUUGAGCCGGGCAAGUGUGUUUUGGUGAAUCUGAGCAAAGUUGGCGAGUACUGGUGGAGUGCCAUCCUGGAGGGAGAAGAACCCAUCGACAUUGACAAGAUCAACAAGGAGCGCUCCAUGGCCACUGUGGAUGAGGAGGAACAGGCAGUCCUGGACAGACUCACUUUUGACUACCACCAGAAACUGCAGGGCAAGCCCCAGAGCCACGAGCUGAAAGUCCAUGAGAUGCUGAAGAAGGGGUGGGAUGCUGAAGGCUCUCCCUUCCGAGGCCAGCGAUUCGACCCGGCCAUGUUCAACAUCUCCCCAGGGGCUGUGCAGUUUUAAUGACCGGAAGUAAAGGAAACCCUCGCCAUCGGGGAGAUGGAGAGUUGUCCUCCUCGCUCCCUGCAUGCCAGGGACUCACUCCUCCUGAUCAGUCCUAGCCAUUUUUUCUUUCAUGAUGAACCAGGCCUUCCAUGCUGACCUUCCACCUUCAGACUAUUCUAGAGAAGGUGCAGGGCCAGCUGCUUGGCAGUGUCUAUGGCCAACACUAAAUGAAGGUGUUUGACAUGCAGGAGGGACAUGUCCCAGCCUCCUGGUAGCACAUGUUCUGUCUCCACAGCAACCAGGCACUGCAGGCAGCAUUUCCCUUCUCCCCUGUUCUCUCUGCUUGCUGUUGUUUUGACGCUAUUCUGCUUGCUUGUCUUCUGAUUGGGGAUAAGGAGUGGCUGGGCUCAGACAAAGCGAAGUUGAAUUGUGUGGGGCCAGGCACAUGCAUGAGGGCUAAUGGGGCAUGGCUCUGGGGCUCCUUCUGGGGCUGCUGUGGGGUUCCCUCACUUGUUGACCUGUCUGUCUGUCUGUCUGUCUGUCUGUCUGUCUGUCUGUCUCUCUCUCUCUCUCUCUCUCUCUCUCUCUCUCUCACAUGUGUUUGUGUGUUGUGUGUGUAUGUUUUCCAUCUUGUUCAUUUCUUUGUGAAAACACUUGGCCUGCCUCAGUUUUAUGGGUAGAGCAGCAGAAACUAGGGUCUGUUUGAGAUGUUGGGAGAAAGUUUGAGGUUCUGGCCUCUGGCCCAGGUGUGGCAAGGAUCCUAUCUGUCCUCUGACUGCAGCUGCCUGCUUUGAUCCUUGUUGAAGUGAGCUAAGACUAGCCACCACUACUUGCUUCCCCCCCAUUAGACCUCCUCUUUGGGUAUGCUGCAUUGAAGCCUGGGUACCUUCAAGAAGAGAUCACAGCAUAUUGGUAGUUCAUUGGCAGAUCGUGUCAACUACACUCCCUAAGGAGCUUUGACCCUGAAGGAUGCCUCAGGAAGAAAUGUGUAUCCACUAGCUUGAAGGCAACUACAGUUGAGUCCAAGAAAAUGAAGAUUUCCCUGUGCCAAUCACCAGACUGCUUCCUAGAGCUCAGAGCCUGUGUGGCCAGUCCAGCCAAGGGGUGAGAAUCUGACCAAGGGACCAGGACCCAGGUGUCCCAACCCUUUAAGGACUCUCUCUGUGGCAGUUGGUGCCUUGGCAUCUCCAUUUGCCUGGUUCUCAGUCUUGGUGUGCACAGCACUGGUUUCUGUACUCUGGAAACCAACCAUACAAACUGCAAGAAUUAAGACCCAUUGAAGCCAAGACAGCCUGCUCUCUGGAAAUAGCCCUGCACCGAAUUCCAUGUCCACAUGCUUGGAAGGAGCCAUUGGAAGAGCAGAUUGUAGAACUUACUCAACUGUUUAGACAGGAGCUGGCUCGUUGCUAUCAUUUGAGGGGUUUCUGGUUUAUUUCUUAAAAGUCCAUACUGGGAUUUAAUCUGUGGGCCCAGGUAGACCACGGUGGUGGGCAAGGGCUAGCAUUGGAACCUACAUACCAACUCCAGAGUCUGAGCUUGUGAUUGGACAUUGGUUACCAGGUUGAUGACAUCUCUCUAAAGAGGUCAUCAUUUGGGAGUAGACUCUGUCACAUUCACAAGAUCCCCAGGACACUUCGCUUUUAGUUCUUGAAGUUUCCAUCAAGGUCCUAGGAUGUGCAUGUCCCUGUCCCAUGCAAGCUCUCCCACCUAGUGAGGGAAGCCUCGUGGUGUGUAUGUAUCUGCAGCCCUCUCUCUCAGCUGGCUGCCUCCCUCUCAGCUCUCGUCCUGUGGGUCGUCUUCCAGAAGGGGUAAUGAUGCGGAAGAGCCCUGCAUCUUCCUAUUUAGGACAGUGGCGACUCAUCUUCAUCAUUUUAGCAUGGUUUUAUUUUCUGUGUUAUGUUUUUUCUUUGUCGAUGCCCCGUUUGAGCAAACAAGGCUGUAUAGAGAAAACAGCCUGAGGGAGAUAGUAUUUGGGGAAGCCAUGUGGCAGGAACCUGUGCUCUGUGACUGAUCCCUGUGGCAUGUUGUAGUGCAUGGUGUGGUGGUGGCUACUGUGUCUACAUGUCUCCAUUACAGGGAGGCUCAAUCCCAACCAGCCGAGUAGAUAGCUCUGUGCCCUGUUCUUCGCCCCGAGGCCCUACCCUGGUUUCCAAGCCACUGAAGCUGGCACAUUGCCUGUUUUCUCUUUUUAGACACGACAGCCACAGUUUGGCCUUUAAGUCCCACCAGCUGAGGUCUGAGGAAAGCAGGGUGACUCUGUCCCCUUUGUCCAAAGACCCAAAGAGUGGGGUGUCCAGCCUGCAAAGUCGCUCUGGCUCCUUGGUGUUGGUUUGCAAUAAAUCUGUAUUUAAGCAGUU